GGCGUUGACGAGGUAGAGGCAAAACGAAGUUGUGGCAGUAGCGGUGUACCGGCUGUUUUUGUGCGUAAUUCUACUUCACCACUCGUCACUGACCGCAGUUUUCCAUACACAUCAACCGUGCCGCAAGAGUUUGUCCAGCCAACCAGCAUUAGCAUUAAUUGGGCAUCAUCAUCGUCAACUGGAGCUCGACGGCUGUCUUCAAUGGAAAGCAUCACGGAGCGUCGAAGUAGCGAUGACUCAGCGAUGGAAGAGCGAAAAAAUGCUGUUGAAAUUGCGCCGUGCAACGUGCAGGCUGAGAGCUUACCGUCUGAAGGCGAUAUUCAACAAGGUGACGACACUGGUAAAGAAACUGCUAGUUCAGAGAGUUGUGCCAUGUGUACUGAUGUAUGCACAUGCAUAAGAAAGUCAUCGAAUGAUGAAGAGCCGCAGCCAGAACGAAGGAUUGUCUGCCCGUACGAGCCUUUUCUUCGUUCUGAUUGA